UAGCCUUGCUGUCAUGCAGGUGGAAUUCAGUUCAGCAGCAGUAUGAUUCAAGCACAUCAGGACAUAACCUUCCGCCCGACCAAACCUCCUGUCAAGACCUGACUUCAUCUAUUAUUCAAGUGAAUGCAGUCAUGGCAUCCUUAGCACAACCGUGGAGUUAAAACUGCGUGUAGACGGAAAACCUUAUAAACGACGAAUCUCGGAAGAGACGCGCAUCAUGCUCAGGUGCUCUGAUUUUCACAGUAAAGGAGAUAUCACAGCCUGCAUUUGGGAAAGAAAACAUUGGCGUGAACGUUUCAGACAUUAAUAAGGAGAUCCUUUUUAUAAUCAUGGAGGAAAGCAAUACAUGUGACUCAGUCCCAGAUUUGAAGGACCUGGAGGUGAAAGUUGGGAGAAAGACCCCAGAGGGACUCCUCAAGUGGAUGAGAGAGGACCACAAAACUCUCUCUCAUCAUCAGACUGAAAACAAUGAAACGGAGAAAAAGGGCUUGGACGAGAAGAUCCGAAAACUUAAGAUGGAAAUGGCUCAUCUACGAGCGGCAGAUGUCAAGAUCCUAAACCAGUUGAUAGCAUUACACGAGGGCAUUGAGGCGGUAAAAUGGCUUCUGGAGGAACGCGGCGCCCUCACCAGCCGCUGUAGCAGUCUGACCAGCAGCCAGUAUAGCUUGGGGGAGGGUCCCGACACAUCUUGGAGGGGCAGCUGGAGCAGCCUGCAGGACCCCAAUGAUAAAUUAGACAACAUUUCCAUUGGCAGCUAUUUAGACACGUUAGCCGAUGAUCUGGAUGAGCACUGCCCCUCCAGCGGCACUGAUUCGAUACUCUGUGGUACUCCAAUUGGGACAGAGGUCUCCAGAGGUCCCGGAGGAGGGAUGAGCGGAGCCACUGGAUCCAGUACAAGAUCUCAACAAGUCAGUUCCAAUGCUUCUAAAGAAGAUGCUCAGGUUUGGAAGGCGGCGUCUGAGACGGGAAGACCACACCCUUCUGUCAAAAAAGACACUAAUAAUGCAAAGGCCAACAAAACCAAUGGAAUCCUGGACAAAGCAGUGAAGAAAAUUGUUGGCACAGACUCACCCAGAGCCUGUUUGGCUGAGAAGCUGGGGAAGAAUCUAAGCCCUAAGAUGAAACCGUACAAGAAUGGCAAGGUCGAGCCGGAGACCUGCAAAAUGAAUGGCAAAGUUCAGCUGGAGUAUGAUGCGCACUGGCGUUGGGUGCAGUCCCAGGAUGAUGUCACAUUUUUGUAAUGAUGUACAGUAUUAUCAAACCAGAUUUGUUGGGUUUGACCUGGUGUUGUUCUUUGCUCAACACUGAGCUGGUGUUUAAAAAAAAAACAUGUUUUUUUAUUACAUCAACCUCAAUCUCUUUAAAGGGAUAGUUCACCCCAAAAUGAAAAUUCUGUCAUGAAUUACUCACCCUCAAGUUGUUCCAAUCCUGUAUACAUUUCUUUGUUCGGCUGAACACAGAGAAUGAUAUUUGAAAAAAAUGUUAGGAAAAACUUAAGUGUUAGUCAGAGGUGCCCUAGAACAGUUUACCUUCCCAAAUUCCUCAAAAUAACAGAACGGAAAAUGACAGUAAUUUUUACUACCAUGGUGGUCAAUGGUGCCCUAAAACUGUCUGUUGCUAACAUCCAAAUAUCUUUCUUUGUGUUCAACCGUAAAAAGAAAUGUGUACAGGUUUGGAACAAACAGAGGGUGAGUAAUUCAUGACAGAAAUUUCAUUUUCAGGUGAACUAUUCCUUUAAAAUCACAUAUUUAACUUUGAGAAACAAAAAGAAGCUGCAACUUGUUACAACAAAAGACUGUGGUCAAUGUUGAAGAAUCCAGAAUUUAUUUCCUUAAAUUGUGUAGAUGUUUGGGUUUAGAUGUGUAUUUUUAUUCGUGAAACAUAAUCUUUUCUGAAAUCUAAACAAUUUUAGCACAAGUAUUUAUUAAUGAGUCACAUUGUCUUUACCAAAUCAGUAGUUUAUUGCGUUCUUCAUUAAUUUUUCUUUGUUUUUGCUUUAUUCCUGUCAGAUAUAUUUCUAUUUUAAGCCUGUCUGAGAUAUAAAGCUGUUAAAGUCUUCAAAAACUUUAAAGUUAACAAAAAUAUUGAGAUUCAUCACAGCAAUGAUGCAGUUAUAUUUUCCCCAAAAUAUCAGAGUGGACCAAAGCUUUAGCUAAAACAAUCCAAGAGGUUAAAAAAACACAGCUUAUUUUAUUACUUUGUAGAUAGAAUAUGUUUUUUAUCCUGUUGCCUACCAUUUUGUCCUUGCUGGUUAUUACAACAAUGGACAAAAUGAAGUGUAGCACUUUCUCUACUCAAACAGGAGGGAAUGUUUAAAUCAUACCCUGUUUUACUACCAAAGUAUUAAAUUUCUCUGCAUUGACAUUUCAGAAUGGGUUUCUUUGAGUUAACAUCUAAAGGUCAAAGAACAAACCCAUUCGGAAUACCUCGCAUGUUCCCAUCUGUUACAAUGUCACCCUUUUAAAGGCAGAGUUCAAAAUUAUCAACACCCUUGAGUUGCCUUUGACAAUUACUUAUACAAUCACAUUACUUGUUUGAAAAAUAUGUUUAUAUGAAAACUGCUUGUUUAUUUGUCUGUCAGAAUGCUUAUGUAACAAAUCAGUUAAAAUGCUGUAAUAUAAAUCUUAUGUAAAUCAGGUCAUCCAGAUCAUUUACUGACAACAGAGUCUCAUGAAAAUUCAUAACUAUUUAACUUUUUAUCAAAUUGGUUGUAAUUCAUAUUUUGUGUGAGUUUGUACGAUCACAUAUGUACAUUUUUGGGUGGACCUUUGCGCUUUUCCUUAAAAUCGUGUACAAUUCACAUCCUUCAAAUUCAUAGGAACUUGAGACCUGAAAUAGUUAUGUUUUCCCUUGAGAUCAGUUCGGUUUUGUGAAAGAUGUCAAGUUUAUCAUCUCUGCACAGUUCCAUUGGAGUCAUAUUCUUACACUAUACAAAUGCAUGGAGGCCAUUGGUCGUGCUAUGAUCUUUGCAUUUGUAAAUUUAUGGAUGACAUUUAGCACCUAAUGUGCACUUUUAAUUUAAAGUUGCUCAGAGAUGGCUAUCCAAUUCAUUCAUCUCUAUAUACGAUGUAACUAUAUUUGGAUUGUCACAGUGUUUUCACCGAAUAUGAUCCUGCAUUGCCUAUGUUUGUAUGCCAGAAGAACUGCGUUGUUGUACAAUGUUUUUGAUCUAAUACUGAACUGCAGAACUAUCAGUAUUCACAAAAAUAACAUAGGCCGUUAUUGUAUGUAAUAUGGUACUUGAUAUAAUUUUAAACAUGUGAAACCUGUGUAUUCCGUUUGUAUUAUCUGCAGUGCAUAUGCACUUCUGGCUUUGUUUUGUGGAGAAUAACAGGACAGUAUUCUAACUGAACAGACAAUUCUCUUCUUCCGCACACCCACUCUCAGUUAAUAAUGUCUGUGCCUUCAGGAAAGUGUUUCCAUGACUACUGAAUAUGAGUGAAACUUGUGCAUGUGUGUUGCUCAGCUGUUUGGUUAGGAAAUGGAGACAGUAAAAUCUCAGAAGCCACUGUGUGAAGAGGAGGAGACGAGAUGAAUUUUGGCAGGCAACAGGUGGAGAUGUUAGUGUGAGAUGGCACGAGCAUGAUUCAGGAGGGGAGAGAGAGAGUCAAUUGAGACUUCAGAAAUGAGACUUGCACUGGAUGGAGAGAAAUAUAAUAAAGGAUACAAAAGGAAACAUUAUUACAGAAACCUCUAGUCUUAAGUUCAUACAAAAAUGAACGUUCUUUCAUCAUUUUCUCACCCUCAUGUCUUUUAAAACCUGUAUGACUUUUUUGUUCUGCAGAGCACAAAAGAAGAAAUUUUGAAGAACGUUGGUAGCCAAAUAACAUUGGCCCACAUUGACUUCCAUUAUAUGGACACAAUACCACUUAGACAUUUCUCAAAAUAUCUUCUUUUGUGUUCCAGUCAUAGGCUAUACUCUAAAAACUCAACCCUCACUCAAUGCGGAGCAUGUAUAUUUAAAAUAAACACUUAAUGAUAGUUCACACCAAAAUACAAUUUUACAUUUACUCAUGUCAUUCCAAACCUAUUUGACUUUCUUCCGCAAAAGACACAAAAAUAUAUUUUGAAGAACAUUGUUAACUUGUACCUAUUAACUUGGUUUUGUGUCCAUACAAUACAACUGAAUGGGUGCCAGCUACCAACUUUCUUCAAAAUAUCUAAUUGUAUGUUCUGCAGAAGAAAGAAAAGAAGAAAAAGAAAGUCAUACAGUUUUGAAAAGACAAGAGGGUGAGAAAAUGAUGACAGAAUUUUCAUGUUUGGAUGAACAAUCACUUUAAAGUUCAACAUAAUAAAUGGAUGUUUGGACCGAAGCAUCUCUUCUGUUUUGCUAGUCAGCAGUAUGAGCUAACUCCUCUUAGCAAAACUAAUGACGGCGAUUUUUAAAAAACUUACUUUAAAGCUCUUGCAUUGACAAUUUUGGUGGCAAAACAGCACAGCAAGAUCUUAAUUUACCUAAUGGGUUCCAAAUGAGAGAUUUGUGCUUAGUUAGCAUGUCGGCUAACCCUUCUUGUUAAAUGAGCUGCAUAGACUACCUCACCACACUCUAUACAACAAGCAUGUGUGCACCUUCUCUGCCUAUUUAACUUGUUUGUGCUUUAAAACAGCUUUCUGGGUUAAUCUGACGGCUGUCAGUUUUGGGGGCUGUGUAAUCCUAGAAAAACAUGCAUUGCCUAUUUUUGACAUCUGAAUAUCCCGUGAGACUGUUUUGGUUUAUGACACAAGUGUGCACAGGGCAAAGUAGUUUCACUAUAGUAUACCAAUGGCAUUUUAUUUCCUACAUCAGCAAAAUUGUUGGAACACACUAUGCCAGAUCACAAGAAAGUCACUUUCCAAUUGUUGUCAGCUUUUUAAAGGGCUCAUAUGGCACGAAUACUCGUUUUUUGUGUCUUUGGUGUGUCAUAAGUUGCCCAUGCAUGUAUUAGACAUGUAUAAUUGCAACAAUUAAAGUGUCAGAACAAAAGGUGCAUCCUAUCUAAAGCGUAUGCUUACCAACCCUUCCUAAAGUGCCUCGUGUAACCACACCCCCACAAAUCUACAAGACCGCCCAAAUGUAAAUGCAAGUAAGGUGGGCAUACCUGUAAGUACAAUUGCUUUGGAAUCUAAUGUUCCAAAUAUGGUAAGAGGUGUUACAUUUCCGUCACACGCUUGCAGUAUUCGACCAAUCACUACACACUGGUUAACUGGCCAAUCAUAGCACACCUCGCUUUUCAGAGCGAUGACCUUUGUAAAAAUUCUGUGCGUUUCAAAGAGGAGAUACAAAUUUGCACUGUAUGUGGACAAUACAGCGUUUUGAACCUAAAACCAUGUACACACAUUGCAUUACAUCUAAAACACACGAUAAUAUUUGUUUUAGCCGUGUCAUAUGACCCCUUUGUUCGGAGCGCCUAUUUAGAGGAGUCUAUAUAUUUAGUAUGUUGCCAAACCUGUACCAAAAAAUGUACACAGCAGUCAUAAAAUGAUUCUGUAUGUUUAAACACAGAAAAAUGUACAGUGGGCACAAUCCAAAAAAGUAUCGAGAAAAAUAUUGAGAGCUAUAGGUCUCUCGAGACAAACAGAGGAUCUGAAGAAGACCUUGGUUUUGUAUUCAAAUUUUUGUAUUAUAGUAACCUAAAGGAUACUGUUAAUGUAUCCAAUACUACAUUCACUAAUUUUUAACAAUCUAUGCUCACUUGUCCCACACAUACAGUCAAUUAGAUAAAAACUUGCUCCACCUUUUAAAAGGAAGAAAAUCUAUAGGUUGCCUCAUGCUUCACCUCUUACAAUAACUCUUUAAAACAUUUUCCACACUCGAGCUAAUGUGUCCUUGCUUAGAUUAAUAUGCAAAUAACGUUCUUUAAGACUCUGCUAAGAUGCUUUAAAGAGGCUUUUGACUGCUUUGGAACAAUUUGUAGGGGAAAUGCCAGUAUGUUUUUUUCAUUCAACCAGGAGAAAUGAGGAACUCUGAAGAUGAAAGAAAAUCGUCCUUGGUUCCUGUAGUGCCCUUGAUCUCAUGCUACUGUUUGUCAUCGCCUGACCAUUACUCAACAAAAGGGGAGCCGCUCAAAGUAAAAAAAAAAUGCUUCUUACAUCCUGUUUGCCCAAAGAAAUGCCUAUGUUUUUAUAUAUUUUAAAUUGCAAGGAUGCAAAAGUAUCCACUGAGCACAUAGUGUGGUUUCACAAACAAUGUAGAACUGGUUUCAUCACGUAAAACUGUAAUUGAAUUAAAUUUAGGCUUGGACUCCUAGUUCCAGAAAUGACGAAUUGCAAUAGCACAGAAUGUGUAAAUAUGAAAGGUUAAAUAUUUAUCAACUGUUGCCAUAGCAACAAAAUCCUCCUGUAUGGCUUUGACCUAAGCGUUACUUUACUGUUAAAUAGUGGUUGCAG